AUGAGGCGCAUCCUAGGACGUGCCGUCCUCUCGCUUUUAUUCCUUCUCUCUCUUACCAUUGCACAGCAGAGUCCUGGAAAGCCAUGCCCCGCUGCAUGCAGUGUAGCCGGCCACAACCCCACCAAUUGGACUGAUCUCCACGGUAUACCAGCCCUCAAGCGGUGCAAGGAACCCGUACUUUUCGAUACCGCGAUCUUCACUCCCAUUGAUGAUCCCAACUCCCCUCUCACGCUGCGAACAUGCACGGCUUCCGAGUCGAACACAACCCAAGCAGUCGAAUACAAUCCUGCGCCCUUUACCUUCGGCUCGCCUCUUCAGCGGAGAGCCAACAACACCACCAACAGCACAUCACUGCGUGGGUGCGUCACCGGCGCCGAAACGUAUACAAACAAGACGGCGGUGAGCUUCCUGCGAUGGAACGCGGACCAAGAGAGUUCCGUGGGGGACGGUAAGGGAGCGAUCCUCUCAGCUGCUGAAGCGCUGAAGAACUAUCUCUCCACCCAGGAGGACUGCGUUUCGACCAUCAUGAUGGCCCGGCACGGAGAUGCGGUCGUGGGGCUGUAUGCGGGCGACGAAGUCUUGACGUCGAGCGCUGUUUCGGUGAUGGAGAAUUUUAUAUCCGCAGUCCAAGGAGGCGAUGACGUUUCGAGACUCUCUGCGCAGGUGUGCCAGGACAAAACACCUUCAACGUGGACAGUGGGAGUCGAUGCCGACUUCCGCGGAAAUAUCUCAGCGACGCAAGAAUCUAUUCGGACGUGGGCGGAAGGCAAAUGCCUUAGCGGCGCCGACUACGCAGACUCUUACCAGAAGAUGGAUAUCACCUUUGUCCUGGCUACUGGCGUUCCGAUCCGAACGGGAUUAUACUCGGGCUUGGAGCAGAUCAAUGACCCAGUCGAGCCGAUGUCCAAGCGAGCGCUGGUGGCUAACAACGAUGGCUGCUACUCCCUCUCCCAACGAUGCGGCGUCACGCAGAAGGAGUUCGAGAGCUACAACCCCAUCGCCGACCUCUGUGAUCCGGUAAAGGGUGUCAGGCCGAAGCAGUGGGUCUGCUGUUCGAAGGGAGACCUGCCAGAUAUGGGGCCCAAGCCCAAUCCUGAUGGGUCUUGCGCUACGUACAUCGUUCAACCGAAGGAUAUAUGCUUCGACAUCGCGGAGGCGCACCAGAUCACCACCGACAAGAUCGACGAAUACAACAAGAAAACGUGGGGUUGGGGCGGAUGCAGCGCGAUCCAACCCGGCGACAAGCUCUGCUUAUCCAAGGGCGAUCCGCCGAUGCCAGCAUCACGCCCUAACGCCAUGUGCGGUCCUCAAGUGCCUGGUACACAGCGGCCGACGAACGAUACCGAUAUCAAGGACCUCAAUCCGUGUCCACUCAACGUCUGCUGCAACGUCUGGGGCCAGUGUGGCACGACAGACGACUUUUGCAUAUACAAUCCGGCCGAUACAAAAGCACCUGGCACAACCCAGCCUGGAAAGAAUUCGUGCGUCUCGAGCUGCGGUAUGAACAUUACCAACAACGCCCAAGGCCCCACCGAGUUCCGCAAGAUCGCCUACUUCGAGGCCUGGAACCACAAGCGUCCAUGUCUCCACAUGGACGUGACCGACGUGCCGAAGGACAAAUUCUCCCAUAUCCACUUCGCCUUCCCGGAAAUUACCCAUGACUUCAAUGUCAACAUCACCGGCCAGAAGGACCAGUUCGAUAAGUUUAAAGACAUGAGCGGCAUUAAGCGCAUCGUGUCGUUCGGUGGUUGGGCGUUCUCGACUGAGGCACCGACGUACACCAUCUUCCGAGAUGGUGUGACGGAUGCGAAUCGCGCUACGCUGGCUAAUAAUGUCGCGAAGUUCGUCACAGAUAACGGGUUGGACGGCGUCGACUUCGACUGGGAGUAUCCCGCGGCACCAGACAUCCCGGGCAUUCCGGCCGGCGCUAUCGAGGCUGGGAAGCAGUACCUCGAAUUCCUGAAGCUCGUUAAGCGCAGACUUCCGAACAAGUCGGUGGCUAUUGCUGCACCGGCCUCUUAUUGGUAUCUGAAGGGCUUCCCGAUUGCGGAUAUCUCCAAGAUCGUCGACUACAUCGUGUACAUGACGUACGAUCUCCACGGCCAGUGGGAUUAUGGCAACAAGUGGUCCAGCUCUGGCUGCGACGAAGGCGACUGCCUGCGCUCCCACAUCAAUAUCACCGAGACCACGAACUCACUAGCUAUGGUGACGAAAGCCGGGGUUGUCUCGCACAAGGUCGUCGUCGGCGUGGCGAGCUACGGCCGGAGUUUCCAUAUGGCUAAGCCGGGCUGCGAUGGUCCUAUGUGUAGGUUCACCGGGUCCUCUACGGAAAGUGACGCAAUGCCCGGCAAGUGCACCGAAACGAGCGGUUAUAUCUCAAAUGCCGAGAUCCGCGACAUUCUCGCAGCUGGUAACGGAGGUAUCGGCUACUCGGUGAAGUCGUGGCACGACGGAGCGUCGAACUCGGAUCUUCUCGUCUACAAUGACGAGGAAUGGGUCGCAUGGAUGAGUGAUACGACCAAGCAAACAAGGACCGAUUGGGUCCAGGGCCUCAACUUUGGCGGGACCUCGGAUUGGGCGGUGGAUCUCGACCAUGACUACAGCGAGGACGGUGUGGGUAACAUCGAUCCCAGUGACGUUGAAAUGGGCGGGGGCCCCAAGUGCGACCAGGCGAAGAACUACGACACGCUCGAAAAGAUCUCGGGCGACACAGGCCUAGACCCCACUUGCGCUCAGGUGUAUACCCUUCGUGUCCUGAACAUUAUGCUCAACAACGCCAUGAACAAGUACAACCAGGUCAAUGACGGCUACGACUCUAAAUUCCAGUCGUACAUUAAGUACAUGAAGAAGGGACUUCCAGAGUCCCUCCGACAAUAUGCCGACUGGCUGAUUGGACCAGGGCAGAAGUACUUCGACUGCUCCUUCCACGGCAAUGGCAAGGACUGGAAAGGCGCAUGUCCCGUGCCUCGGGACGUCCGGGGCAGCCUUCUCAUCGGCGUAUGGACGAUUAAUAUGACCUUGCGAGACCAUGAUGGCUUCUACAAGGACCUGAAUAACAAGACUGGAAUCCUGGAGGAUUGGAUCGAGUUCCGCACAUACGAGGAGGAGACGCAGUGCAACCCUCAACCCUGCAACAAGCUCUUCCUGACCGUCAACGGCAUGCCCUACCUCAAGAAGGACUACACCAUUCCGAACCCGAAGGACAUCGUCAGCAAGGCAAUGGGCAACUCGGGCAACCUCCGGAAGCAAAUGAUCGCGCGCAUCUUUGACGUAGGCAUGGGCCUGUGGCUGGGUGGGAACACAGAUGCCGUCACGGCACUUUCCAUCCCGGUCUUCCUGAUCGAGAAUGCCAUCGACGGCAUGGAGGACGCUAAGGAGCUGGGCGAGGAUGCAGAGGAAGAUGAAGCGAAGAACAAGCUCUUGCUGAUUCUGUCGCUUGUAUUUCUGGUAGUACCGUUUUUAGGCGAGGCAGCUGCGAUCGCAGCGGGUGCAGCGACCAUGGCGAGAGUGAUCGCGCUGAUCGGCGCGGGAGCAAACGCUGGGUUGGCAUUGCAGGAAGUCAUCCAGAACCCGGAGAUGGCUCCAUUCGCGAUCAUGGAGCUGCUGACGGCCGGCCGUCUGAAGGCGCCAAAGGACUAUCUCGACGCUGUGAAGUUCCGGACAUUUAUGAAGGCUGAUGACAUUGCGACGCUUGGGGAAAAGUUCGUGAAGCAGGAUAACAUGGUGCAGACCAUCGUGAAGAUGUGUAAGCGCGUCAUCAAGGAGCAAUCCACCAUGGAAUCGCUACCAGAAGAUAUUCUCAUCCAAAUGUUCGGCCUCUUCUGCUUCCAUUGCCGGCACCCUGGAUCCUUCCCCAACGCUGACUCGCCCGAUGUUCUUACUAACAAACGGACGCUUGCGCACCUCUGCCGGACGUCUAAAGCCCUCUGUGCAGUCGCGCAACCUAUUCUCUACCACUACUAUGCGACUGGCAAUCUUCCGAAAAUAACGAACUGCUACCAAGGGGCCUGGAUUCACAAGAGGGCGGAGGCCCCGGAAGAGCCUGAUUUCCUGCCGCAGUUUCUGCGCACUGUUGCUCAACGCCCAGACCUGGCGUCGCGCGUUGUGACAAUGCAGCUGGUGACUGAUCCCAUCCCACCUGCCGACUACCGCGCCGAUGUGCAGACCAUCAAAUCACUCAAGGAAGCCGGCGCGGCAAAUGGCAUACCUCUAGGUCGCGACGAUGACGUUUCGGAGUGGGGAAAGACUGGUACCUAUUCAUGGCCGCACAGAUGGCUCAUUACGCUUGCACUUGCUCUCACACCAAAACUUCGGAGUCUGCUCCUGGCCAUUGACGGUUGGGCACACAUGGAUUACCUUGAGCAAUCCCCGGAUGUGAAGCUUCCGUGUUUGCGAACAUUGGGGCUUAUCUGCCACAACAACGACUAUCACAUCACUGAGCCUAAGGCUUUGUACUCCGCCGCUCCGAACCUCGAGACCAUCUACGCGUGCGAUGCAGCCGGCUGGUCUGAUCAUACCUAUGGCCUGGCAAACCUUAGCAGCUUCGAGCGAGGCCAGGAAUACGGCCUUGACCUACAAAAUGUCCGCCGGCUUGCGAUAGGCGACCUUAUACCAUCCAAUCUAGGCUCGCUGCUCCCCUGUGUGCCCCAACUCGAAGACUUGGAGUUCUACUGGAAUGGCUACGAACUGGAAUUAAUCGAUCUGUUCGCCUACCUAGAGCCCGUGAAGACAACACUGAGGCGGCUCUGUAUCUCCUUUCUACCUACUUGGGCUUGCGGUUUGCCUGAUUCUGACAGUGAGAUGGACCCAGAUUAUACUCUGCAUUGGUACGAAGCACCAAAGGUGGAUUAUCCUCCUAUCGAGUCUCUCUCUGACUUCGAAAAGUUGGAGGACCUGGCCAUCGACUGUCGUUCCAUAUACCUGGAAGCAGAUACAGAUCGGCCAUAUCGACUCACCCAGUUUCUCCCCCGCACGAUACGACAUCUACGCAUCUCAUACUUAUUCCGGGGCAUGGCCCUAUCCUUGAGCGCCCUCGCCUCGGCUGCCCCGCGAGACUUUCCGCAGCUUAAAAAGGUCACUAUCGGAGUGGCGUGGAGGACCAAGCCUCAAUACCGCAAGGAGAUCGAGCAGACUAAAGGGCUAGGCGGCUUCUUCGAAGCGUCGGGCAUCACGUUCUCGCUUGAGAAGGAUUUGGUAGAGCCCAGCCCAAAGACUAUGAUCCCUGGUGGUACAGUAGGGUCACGGUUAGUUCCUUUACCAAGUGUAUUGGAUAAGAGCUGGAAUCUGUAA